AAGCGAGAAGAAGAAGCAGCAGCGCUGGGUGCUAUGAGCCGCGCCAGCAGCAGUAGCUGCAGCAGAUUAGUAGCGGCUACUCGUGCGGCUGCUACUACAGCAUCAUCGUCUUCCUCGUCGUCUUUGAGGGGCUCGCCAUUGCGACAGCAGCAGCCGGGCAGCGACGCCGGAGCAGCAGCAGCAGCAACAGCAGGUCGAUUCGCUUACGGUUUCGUCGAUCGGGCAAAUGAAAUGUUGCGGGCCACCACUAGCAAGUUUAAAAAGUGGCACGGUAAUCUGAGCCGGUCGCUUGGCACUCAGACCCCGUCGACAUCCACCAGCAACAGCUGUAUCAAAGAUGCACCGGUCAAAGGCAAAAUCGAAUUACCCGAGUCCGCCGAUGUCGUCAUCAUCGGUGGCGGAGUGGCCGGCUGCAGCGCGCUCUAUCACUUGGCCAAGCGGGGGGUGCGCGCCGUCCUACUGGAGCGCGCCCAGCUGACCUCGGGCACCACGUGGCACACCGCGGGCAUGUGCUGGUCGCUCAGGCCCUGCGAGACCGAGAUCGGCCUGCUGCGCUCGACUCAGCGCCUCGCCCAGGAGCUCCAGGAGCAGCUCGAGGAGGGCGAGAGCUCGGGCUGGUCCCAGAACGGCGGCCUGUUCAUCGCCCACAGCGAGCAGCGCAUGGACGAGUAUCGUCGACUGGUCGACAUCGGCAAGGUGUUCGGCGUGGGGGCGAGCAUCGUCGACUCGCUGGCGGCCAAGGAGCUGUUCCCGCUGCUGGACGAGCGAGCCUUCCUCGGGGCCAUACACUCGCCCAAGGACGGACUGCUGGAGCCGGCCCAGAUGGUCGCGGCUCUGGUGAAGCUGUCGAAGCGUCGGGGCGCCGAGGUCUUCGAGGACUGCCCAGUGACGAGGAUACUCAUGGACGAGAAGAUGUUCGGCGCGAGACACGUGACCGGCGUCGAGACCGAGCACGGCGUGAUCAGGACGGACAAGGUGCUCAACGCCUGCGGCGCCUGGUCCAAGAAGCUCGCCAAGAGCAUGAAGCUCGACAUACCGCUGACCCCGAUGAAGCACGCCUACGUCGUCACCGAGGCGCUGGCGGGCGACGCCGUACGAGGCUGCCCGAACAUACGCGAUCACGACUACAGCAUCUACAUCAAGGUGCAGGGCGACAGUCUGCACAUAGGCGGCUACGAGGCCAAUCCCAUCAUACUGCGCUGCGUCCCCAAGGACUUCAAGUUCGGCCUGUACGAUCUCGACUGGAACGUGUUCAACGCCCAUCUCGAGUCGAUGGUCAGCCUCGUGCCGGAGCUCGGCAAGACGGGCAUCAGGUCGACCGUGUGCGGCCCGGAGAGCUUCACGCCCGACCACAAGCCGAUCAUGGGCGAGGAUCCGCGCUGCUCCGGCUUCUUCUACUCGUGCGGCUACAACAGCGCGGGCAUGAUGCUGAGCGGCGGCUGCGGCGAGGAGAUCGCCGAGUGGAUCAUCAACGGCAGGCCCAAGGCCCACAUGUUCUUUUACGAUAUACGCAGAUUUACACCCGAACAAACCAAGGACAUGGUCUGGGCGAACGAGCGCUCGCACGAGGCCUACGUGAAAAACUACUCGAUCGUAUUUCCCCACGAUCAACCCCUGGCUGGACGAAACUUUCAAACGAGUCCCUUUCACGAGCUGCUGAUGAAAUCCGGAGCAGUGAUGGAGGAGCGCCAGGGCUGGGAGCGACCGGGCUGGUACCUGAGCGACGAGAGCACCGCGCCGGUGCCCGCCUACGACUAUUACGGCAGCUACGGCACCACCAGGCACCAGGGCAAUCGCUACAUCGACCUGCUCGCCCAGGAUCACACCUUCGACUUUCCGCCGCACUUCGACAACAUAAGGGAGGAGGCGCUGGCCUGUCGCAACAACGCGGCCCUCUUCGAUCUCUCGUACUUCGGCAAGUUCUACCUGUGCGGGCCGGACGCGCAGAAGGCCGCCGACUAUCUGUUCACGGCCAAGACGGACUCGGACAUCGACAAGACCGUCUACACGACGAUGCUCAACGCCAAGGGCGGCACCGAGGCCGACUGCACCAUCACCUGGAUACUUCCUGGCUCGAGCAGCGUCGUCGAUCCCAUCUUCAAGGGCAAGGCCCUCUACAUCGUCUCGGCCGGUCUGUCGUCGUACCACACCUGGGCGCACAUACGGCGCGUGAUCGCCGAGAAGGGCUUCAACGUGAGCCUCAGCGACGCCACCAAUCAGAUGGGCGUGCUCUCGCUCCAGGGCCAGAACAGCCAGAAGAUACUGCAGAACAUCGUCAACGAGGACCUGUUCGCCGACGACUUUCCCUUCUCCACCUCCAAACUCAUGAAGGCCAACGGUAGGAAAGUGCGACUGUUUCGCAUCAGUUUCGUCGGCGAGCUCGGCUACGAGCUCCACGUACCCCUGGAGUCGUGCGAGCGAGUCUAUCGCGGCAUCAUGGAGUACGGCAAGAGGUGGCGACUGAAGUUGGCCGGAUACAGGGCCCUGUACAGUCUGAGCUGCGAGAAGGGCUAUCACCUGUGGAACUCGGAUCUGAGGAGCGACGAUAGCCCACUGGAGGCCAAUCUGGGAUUCACCUGUCGCAAGGACGGAAAGUACUUGGGCAGUCAGGCGGUGGAGGAGCUGAGGAAGAGCGGCGUCAAGAAGCGACUGGUCACGCUGCACGUCAAGCAUCAAGUACCAAUGUGGGGAUUGGAAACCGUAUACAGAGACGGCGAGAUCGUGGGAUACCUGAGACGAGCCGAAUACGCUCACUACUUCGGAUACAGUAUUGGACACGCAUACAUAAAGCAUCCUCGGGGCGAGGUGGUCACCAAGGAGUUCCUCGAGGCCGGCAAUUACGAGGUCGAGAUCAAGGGCAAACUCUUCCCCGCCGACAUGUACUUGAAGAGCCCGUUCGAUCCGCAGAACAAGCGAUUGCUCAACGUUUAUCACGAAUUUUACGAUAACAACUGACGAUCGUGCACGUACCCACCAAGAGCUUGUAUAAUUUUAGCUGUGAUGUUUUAUUUUUUAUAUUGAUAACGAUAAUUGUAUUUUUUGUAUGAGACUAC